AUGAUACCGCUGCGUGGAUUUCCCGGAUGAAGCAGCGACGCCAUCUUCACGCCUCUGCUCACCGGCUGCUCUUCGGCUCAGCGGAGCGACAGAGCUGUAGCUGAUCCACCAGCAGGACGCUGCAAGCAGCCCGAUAAUCCCCCCACCCCACCCCCUGUUUUCCACCGGGACGCUAAAGCAAACCCUCCCCGCUACCUGAGCACCAUGACGGACAGGGACAACUUGGUGUACCAGGCGAAACUGGCCGAACAGGCGGAGAGAUACGACGAAAUGGUGGAGUCGAUGAAGAAGGUGGCCAGCAUGGAUGUGGAGCUAACCGUGGAGGAGAGGAACCUGCUCUCUGUAGCGUAUAAGAAUGUGAUUGGAGCCAGGAGAGCGUCAUGGAGGAUCAUCAGCAGCCUGGAGCAGAAGGAGGAGAACAAAGGGGGCGAGGACAAACUAAAGAUGAUCCGGGAAUACAGGAAAACGGUAGAGAAAGAGCUGAAGUCGAUCUGCAACGACAUUCUGGACGUUCUGGACAAACACCUCAUCUUAGCCGCAACCACAGGAGAAUCCAAGGUUUUCUACUACAAAAUGAAGGGAGAUUACCACAGGUACCUGGCAGAAUUUGCCACAGGCAACGACAGGAAGGAGGCGGCAGAGAACAGUUUGGUAGCUUACAAAGCUGCAAGCGACAUCGCCAUGAUCGAACUCCCUCCGACGCACCCCAUUCGUCUGGGUCUGGCCCUAAACUUCUCAGUUUUCUAUUAUGAAAUCCUCAACUCGCCAGACCGGGCAUGCAGGUUGGCGAAGGAAGCAUUUGACAACGCUAUUGCAGAACUGGACACUCUGAGUGAGGAAAGCUAUAAAGACUCAACACUUAUCAUGCAGCUGCUACGUGACAACUUGACGCUAUGGACCUCAGACGUUCAAGGAGAAGGUGAAGAACAGAACAAAGAAGCGCAGCAAGAUGCGGAGGAAGAAGCCCAGUGAGACUGAACAACUCAAGACAAACCUUCCUCCUAUUUUUCUCGUCCCAGCACUAGCUCCUGUCCCAUGCCACAGUUUCCAGCGGGGUUCAGCCCACUAUCUUCCUCUACCUUUCGCCUCACUUCUACCUGCCUUUCUCACCCUUCUUACAUGUACGCCAGCUCCCUGUCUCCCAAGGGUCCACUCAGGCCCUCAUAUCCACUCCCCAGGGGUUUUACCUUUUCUCUUACUCCUCCUUCAAGCACCAAACCGUUGAAAGUUGCAGUCCUCUGCCACUGUUUUUAUUUCGCUUUACUUUGCUGCAUCAUCUGUUGCCAAGUCUGCUUGCCUGUAUUUGUAACAUACAUAUGCAAGGGUUUAUUUAAAGAUGAAACUCGGUUGUUUUUUUUUUGUUUUUUUUGUCCUGUGUAUGUGUGUUCAAGAUGUGCAUCGUUUCCAUGCUGUCAGUUUGAAAUGCUUCAGUCCCCAUAAUUAGUGCGUACAGCAAUGGUGGAAGAUGAAAAGCAGCUUUCAGUUUUAACAAAGUGCCCUAUAAAUCUGCUCCUCUUACAUAUUGGUGUCUCUUUUAGAGACGAACAUCAGAAUGUCCCCAUUAAAUCAUCUCUGUCCUCUUGUCCUGCCUUGGAGCAAGAGUUGUGCUGUGAGACUAUAGUGCUUUUGCUAAAGUUACUUAUUUAGGUAAUGGCUUUUUAACAUAGAAAAUGUGUGAGAGAAGACCGCCCAGCACUCUUUGAUUACUGCAGUUUGCAUUAGAAUAAGUUUGGGAAAAUGGGGGCAUUUAUCCCCCCGUCCUCCCUGAGUCUUUCAGGUUUCUUCAUGUCAUCAUUUCCUCUCAUUUCUUCUCCUCCUUCUGUUGGGUAUGUGUAACGUGAAUCUGAUUUGUACUACUGGAUAUUCUCACCGGAGCCAUAAGUACCAUCUGUAUUCUUUCUGAAACACAGCAUGGAAUAACAUUAAACUUCAAACUGAAAACUUCAA